AUGUCUUCCGAGGCCUUCACCCUUUCAGCCCCUCCCGGUACAGACGUUUGGAAGAAGCCCCCUUCUCACAAUGUCUACAAUGCCCCGACCAAGGCCGUUCCAACCAAGUCACUCAGUCAAUUCAAAUCCGCUCAGAUCACCUUCUCUGCUGAUUGGUCGGAGCAAUACGACCAAGCGGGCCUGAUUCUCACAUUUGACUCUCUCUCCGGUCGUGAGCGAAGGUGGAUCAAGACUGGUCUGGAGUAUUACGACGGCACCCCACAGAUCAGCACCGUAUCCUGCCAUACCUGGGCCGACUGGAGCAUUGUCCCUCUCGCCGCUUUCGAAGAUACCAAGUCCGUCACCGUCCUUGUCGAGAAGGCUCAGGACAACCUCGGCCUGAGUCUCUGGAUAUACUAUGUGAACCCAGAUGGCACCAAGGCGCCGAUGCGUGAGGUUUGCUGGGUGUAUGGAGACGACGACGCGUCAGGCAAGGACUGGAACUUGACGGUCGGUGCUCUGGUGGCCCGGCCAGAGAAGGAUGCAAAGAGUGAUCUUGAAGUCCAUUUCAAGGACUUCGAGGUACAGUGGCAGUGA